UCCGGGACACCCCGGGCCCACCCUCCCCGGGGGUCCCCGCGCCCACCCUGCCAGGACGCCCAACGCCCACCUUCCCCAGGGACCCUCGCGCCCACCCUUCUUGGGUCCCCGCGCCCACCCUCCCAGGGGCCCGCGCCCUCUCCAACAAAGGGCGGUCCGGCGGCAGCAGGAGGCGGAGCCGCCGGGCCCGCGCGCUCUCGCUCCCCGAGUGCGGAGCCGCCUUCCCGGGAGGAGGCGCGGAGGAGCCCGGGGCUCCAGGGGCCGAGCGAGGAGAAGCGGAGGGUGGUCCCCUCCUUCCGGCCACUUGUGCGGCCCGAGGGCUCUGCGGGGGCGGCUACCGGGAGGACGCGAGCGCUGCGUUUCGGCGGAGCCCGGGCAGGAAGCCCGCUCGAGUCGGCGCGCUCCUGGCGCGCGGUGUCAACUUUCUCCUCCGGCGCCGCCCGCGCCCGGCCGGCCGAGCAGGUGUUGAUGUCAAGUUGGACCAUCACAGAAAGUUGGAAAUUGUAAAAGGAGGACUUGGUAAAGUCUUUGGAUUACACUGAGACUCAGCAAACAUGGCCAAGUUUGGAGAACACGAAGCCAGGCCUGAGGAUGGGCAGAGCGAGUUCAGUGACAUCAUUAAGUCCAGAUCUGAUGAGCACAACGAUGUCCAGAAGAAAACCUUCACCAAAUGGAUAAAUGCUCGAUUUUCAAAGAGUGGGAAACCUCCCAUCAGCGACCUGUUCACAGACCUCCAGGACGGCAGGAAGCUGCUGGAUCUCCUGGAGGGCCUCACGGGAUCCUCGCUGCCAAAGGAGCGUGGUUCCACGAGAGUCCACGCUUUAAAUAAUGUCAACCACGUGCUGCAGGUCUUACACCAGAACAAUGUGGAUUUAGUGAAUAUCGGAGGCACUGAUAUUGUAGAUGGAAAUCACAAACUGACACUGGGAUUACUGUGGAGCAUCAUUUUGCACUGGCAGGUCAAGGACGUCAUGAAGGACGUCAUGUCCGACCUGCAGCAGACUAACAGCGAGAAGAUCCUGCUGAGCUGGGUGCGCCAGGCCACGCGGCCCUACGGCCAGGUCAACGUGCUCAACUUCACCACCAGCUGGGCGGACGGCUUGGCCUUCAACGCCCUGCUCCACCGGCACAGACCCGAUCUCUUCAGCUGGGAGAGUGUCGUCAGCAUGUCCCCGGCGGAGAGACUGGAGCACGCCUUCGGCAAGGCUCAGCAUUAUCUGGGCAUCGAAAAGCUGUUAGAUCCUGAAGAUGUUGCCGUCCAGCUCCCUGACAAGAAGUCCAUAAUUAUGUAUUUAACGUCUUUGUUUGAGGUGCUACCUCAGCAAAUCACCAUGGAUGACAUUCGGGAAGUGGAGACCCUUCCACGGAAAUACAAGAAAGAGUGUGAGGCAGAAAUUAGCAUACAGAGCUCCGCGCCCGAGGGGGAGCGGGGGAGCGCCCGUGCAGAGACGCCCAGUGCCGCCGCCAGGGCGGACGUGGACCUGGAUGGCUACCAGGUUGCCCUGGAGGAGGUGCUCACCUGGCUGCUGUCGGCUGAGGACACCUUCCAGGAGCAGGACGACAUCUCUGAUGACGUGGAAGAAGUCAAAGACCAGUUCGCGACCCACGAGGAUUUCAUGAUGGAGCUGACGGCCCACCAGAGCCGGGUGGGCAGCGUGCUGCAGGUGGGGAACCGGCUCAUCACGCAGGGGACGCUGACCGAGGAGGAGGAGUUCGAGAUUCAGGAGCAGAUGGCCCUGCUGAAUGCCCGCUGGGAAGCACUGCGUGUGGACAGCAUGGACCGCCAGGCCCGGCUGCACGACGUGCUCACGGAGCUGCAGAAGCAGCAGCUGCAGCAGCUGUCCGCCUGGCUGGCGUGCACCGAGGAGCGCAUCCGGAAGGUGGAGGCGCGGCCCCUGGAUGAGGACCCCAAUUCCAUGCAAACGCUGCUGGAGGAACACAGAAGUUUGCAAAAUGACCUCGAGUCUGAGCAGGUGAAGGUGAAUUCACUAACGCACAUGGUGGUGAUUGUUGAUGAAAACAGCGGUGAGGGCGUGACGGCCGAUCUGGAAAAUCAGCUGCAGAGGCUCGGCGAGCGCUGGUCGGCCGUGUGCCGCUGGGCUGAGCGGCGCUGGACGAGGCUGCAGGAGGUGAGCCUGCUGUGGCACGAGCUGCGGGAAGAACAGUGCCUGCUGAAAGCUUGGCUAACUGAAAAAGAAGAGGCUUUGAAUAGAGUCCAGACGAGCAACUUCAAAGACCAAAAGGAACUGAGCGUCAGCGUGCGCUGCCUGGCUAUUUUGAAGGAGGACAUGGAGAUGAAGCGUCACGCCUUGGACCAGCUGAGUGAGAUUGGCCGGGACGUGGGUCAGCUGCUGGAAGACCCCCGGGCCUCUGAGAAGAUGGGCAGCAGCUUGGAGGAGCUGACUCAGAGGUGGGAUUCUUUGGUUCAGAGACUAGAAGAUUCCUCCGACCAGGUGACUCAGGCUGUAGCAAAGCUGGGGAUGUCCCAGACUCCUCAGAAGGACCCUCUGGAGACUCUUCAUGCGAGGGAACAGGUAACUGCAAAAAAGUCUAAGCAAGAGCUGCCUCCCCCACCCCCACCCAAGAAGAGGCAGAUCCACGAGGACCUGGAAGCCAAGAAAAGGUUUGAUGCGGUGAGUGCAGAGCUGCUGACCUGGCUUGGGAAGGCGAAGGCGGUCAUUCAGUCCAUGGAGAUAAAGGAGUAUAAGAAGAUGGGUGAGACUACAGAAGUAAAAAGGGAGUGGAAGGGAUUAGAAAAAGAAAAGACAGAAAGAAGCCCCAAACUGGAUGAAUUAAACCGAACCGGAAAAAUACUUCUGGAGCAAAUGGGAAAAGAAGGUCUUCCUACCGAAGAAUUGAAAAGUGUUCUGGAGAAGGUUGCAUCCGAAUGGAAGGAUGUAUCUCAGCAUUUGGAAGAUCUGGCAAGAAAGAUUCAGCUGCAGGAAGAGAUAAACGUUUACUUUAAGCAGCUUGACGAGCUUGAAAGGACCAUACAGAAAACGGAGGAGUGGGUAAAACGCACCGCCUCUCUGGAUCCUUCCCAGCAGACUCUGCCGGGUUUGAAGGACUCCUGCCAGCGGGAGCUGACCCACCUCCUUGGCCUCUGCCCCACCAUCGAAAUGGUGCGUUCCAGCUGCUCGGCCCUGAAGACUCGGCCUGCGGCUCCGGAGUUCAUCCAGGAGGCCCUGGACAGCGUCCUGGGCCACUACCGAGCCGUGCACCAGGAUCUGGAGGGUUGUCAGCAACAGCUAGAGAACGAGCUGAAGAGUCAACCUGGACAGGCCUAUUUGGAAACACUGAAAACGCUGCAAGAUUUGCUAACUGAUUUGGAAAAUAAGGCCCAGACAUCCCUGGAUGUCUUCAGUGAUCUUGCGAAUGUGGAAAAGGCCCUGCAAGAAAGAAAGGCUCUUGAUGAAACCCUUGAGCAUCAAAAACCUACAUUAGAUAAACUUGCAGAAGAAAUGAAGGCUUUGGAGAAAAAUGCCCCUCCUCACAUAGAGAAGAAGUACAAGCAAGAAUGUGAUGCUGUCCAAGGAAAGUGGAACAAACUAAAACUCGAGGUUUCCAAAGAUGCACAUCUGCUUGAAGAAAUUAUCCCCAAGCUCCAAACUUUUGAGGCUGAUUCGAAAGUCCUUGAGAAGUGGGCGGAAGGUGUGCAGAGCUUCUUGGUGAAGGAGCAGGUGGCCCAGGGGGACGCGGAGGGGCUGCAGAGGCAGCUGGCCCAGUGCGCGGCGUUUGUCAAUGAAAUAGAAACAAUUGAAUUAUCUCUGAAAGACAUGAAGGAAAUCGAGGCUGACCUUCAAAGCUGCCCAGUCGCCACAAUCAAAACCUGGCUGCAGACAAGACUAGCUGACCAGCAAACCCAAGUGGAGAAAUUCAGCAAGGAGAUUGCUAUUCAAAAAAAUAGGUUGUGUGAAAGUCAGGAGAGGGCGGCGAACCUGAAGAAAGACUUGGCCGAGAUGCAGGAGUGGAUGGUCCAGGCCGAGGAGGAGUAUCUGGAGAGGGAUUUCGAGUACAAGUCCCCGGAGGAGCUAGAGGGUGCGGUGGAAGAGAUGAAGAGGGCGCAGGAGGACGUGCUGCAGAAGGAGGUGCGGGUGAAGAUCCUCAGGGACAACAUCCGGGCCCUGGCGGCCAGCGCGCCCUGCGGCGGCCAGGAGCUGGCGAGCGCGCUGCACGCGGUGCUGGAGAGCUACCAGCUGCUGUGCAAUCGCAUCCGAGGGAAGUGCCACACGCUGGAGGAGGUGUGGUCGUGCUGGAUGGAGCUGCUGCACUACCUGGACCUGGAGACGGCCUGGCUGAACGCCCUGGAGGACCGCGUGCGGAGCGCCGAGACGCUGCCCGAGAGCGCGGGGGCGCUUGGCGAGGCCCUGGAGGCCCUGGAGUCACUUUUGCGUCACCCAGCAGACAAUCGCACCCAGAUCCGGGAGCUCGGCCAGACGCUGAUUGAUGGGGGCGUCCUCGAUGACAUCAUCAGCGAGAAGCUGGAGGCUUUCAAUGGCCGGUGUGAAGCCCUCAGGCACCUGGCCGAGAGCAAGCAGAUUUCCUUGGAAAGGCGCCUGCAGGCCCUGCGGGAAGCGGACCAGGUGCUCCAGGUCCUGCAGGAGAGCUUGGCCGAGCUGGACGAGCAGCUGACAGCGUACCUGACCGACAGGGUGGAUGCCCUCCAGGUGCCACAGGAGGCUCAGAAAAUCCAGGCGGAGAUCUCGGCACAUGAGCUGACUCUGGAAGAACUGAGAAGAAAUGCGUGUCCCCAGCCCCCCAGCUCCCCCGAGGGCAGGACAGCAAGGGGAGGGGGCAGGACGGAUGUGCUGCAGAGGAAGCUGCGAGAGGUAUCCACGAAGUUCCAGCUUUUCCAGAAGCCGGCCAACUUCGAGCAGCGCAUGCUGGACUGCAGGCGCGUGCUGGAGGGGGUGCAGGCUGAGCUCCCCGUUCUGGUCGUGCGGGAUGUGGACCCUGACGUCAUCCAGACCCACCUGGACCAGUGCAUGAAACUGUAUAAAACUUUGAGUGAAGUCAAACUUGAAGUGGAGACUGUCAUCAAAACAGGAAGGCACAUUGUCCAGAAGCAGCAAACCGACAACCCCCAGGGGAUGGACGAGCAGCUGACCUCUCUGAAGGUGCUCUACAACGACCUGGGCGCCCAGGUGACACAAGGAAAGCAGGAUCUGGAGAGAGCAUCGCAGUUGGCCCGGAAAAUGAAGAAAGAGGCUGCUUCUCUCUCCGAGUGGCUUUCUGUUACGGAGGCUGAGUUGGUGCAGAAAUCCACUUCCGAAAGUUUGCUCUGCGACCUGGACAUGGAAAUUGCCUGGGCUAAGAACGUCCUGAAGGAGCUGGAGAAGCGAAGGGAGGAUCUGCGGGCCGUGACGGAGAGCAGCGCUGCACUGCAGGGCCUGGUGGAGGGCGGCGCGGCAGCCCUGCAGGAGCGGCUGGACGUGCUGGGCGCCGGCUGCGGCCGCGUGCGCACCUGGACAGAGGACUGGUGCAGUGCACUGAUGAACCACCAGAAGCAGCUGGAAAUAUUUGAUGGAAACGUGGCUCACAUAAGUACCUGGCUUUAUCAAGCGGAAGCGCUGCUGGACGAGAUCGAGAAGAAGCCAGCACGGAAACGGGAGGGCAUCGUGCAGCGUCUGCUGUCGGAGCUGGAUGACGCUGGCCUGCAGGUGGAGAAGGUCCGUGGCCAAGCCCUGGUUUUGAUGACUGCCCGUGGGGGCUCCAGCAGGGACCUGGUCGAACCCAAACUGGCUGAACUCAACAGAAACUUCGAGAAGGUGUCUCAGCACAUUGAGAGUGCCAAGCUGCUGCUUGACCAGGAGCCCGCGGCGCGCCCAGGCGUGGUCAGCGCUGAGACGCUGGAGGCAUGUGUACCUUCCUCUGACUUGGACGACUUAGACGGCGACAUACAGCACAUGCUGAAAGUCGUGGAGAGGCACUCGGAGCGCGGCGACGACGAUGGGAAGAUGGAAGAGGAGAGAGCCCGGGUGGAGCAGGUCCUACACAGAGGGGAGCGGGUGCUCCUGCAGCCCAUGGAGGAUCACAGGAAAGAGAAGCUCCGCCUGCAGCUCUUACUUCUGCGCACGCGGCACGACGCCGUCAAGGCAAUCCCUACUCAGCAGAGGAGAACAGGUCAACUUGCUUCUGGAAUUAGAUCAUCUCCUUUCCCCACAGAGUAUCUGGCUGAAAUUAACAAAGUUUUGCUUUCCGUGGAUGACGUUGAAUUAUUGCUUAAUACUCCAGAGCUAGACACUGUGUGUGAUGACUUCUCUUUUCAGGAAGACUCCCUGAAGAAUAUCAAAGACCAGCUGGACAAGCUCGGAGAGCAGGUUGCAGUCAUUCAUGAGAAGCAACCCGAUGUCAUCCUCGGGGCUUCCGGACCCGAAGCUGUUGAGAUCGGGGACACGCUGACCCGGUUGAAUGCAAAAUGGGACCGAGUUAAUAGAAUUUUCAGUGAUCGGAAAGGCCACCUCGCCCGGGCAGUGGAAAGGAGGCGACAGCUCCAUGGCGACCUGCACGACCUCACCCAGUGGGUGGCAGAGGCGGAGCAGGUGCUGGAGGACACCCGGGCCCCGGACGGCAGCCUGGACGUGGAGAAGGCCCGGGCCCACCAGCGGGAACUCGAAGAGGGGGUGAGCAGCCACCAGCCCCGGCUGGCGGCUCUCAACACAGCUGGGGACAGGAUGCUGCAGAGCCUGCCGCCUGCAGAAGGAAGCUUCCUGAAGGAUCAGCUGGCGGCCUUAAACCAGCGCUGGCGAGCCGUUGUCACCGAAGUGAGGGGGAGGCCGCGGAGGCUAAAGGGAGAAAGCAAACAGGUGAUGGAGUAUAGACAGACGCUCGACGAGCUUGCCGGCUGGUUGGCACAGGCCGAGGAGGCCGUGCAGGGGUCCGUCCCCACACGGGGGGAGCACCGGCAGGAAUUGACGGACUUAACCCAGGAGACGGAAAUGCAGGCGGAGAAGCUCCGAUGGCUGAACAGAACGGAAUUGGAGGUGCUUUCAGACAAAAGUCUGAGCUCACAAGAAAGAGAGAACAUUUCAGAAAGCUUGAGAGCUGUGAAUACGGCGUGGAGUAAGAUAAGCAGAGAAGUGCCGAGCUCGCCGCGGGGACACCCCCGGGACCCCUGUGCUGCUCCGCAGAGGCCUGCUGCUCACCCUGCUGUCCAGAAGGUGGUGCUGGUGUCGUCCACGUCGGAGCCUCCUGUUCCGUCCCCACGGGCCUCGGAGAUGGCCAUCCCUGCCGACCUGGACAAGACCAUAACGGAGCUCGCCGACUGGCUGGGGCUGGUCGACCAGAUGCUCAAGUCCAACAUCGUCACCGUGGGCGACGUGGAGGAGAUCAACCGGACAGUGUCCCGCAUGAAGAUCACAAAGUCUGACCUGGAGCAGCGUCACCCCCAGCUGGACUACGUCUUCACGUUAGCACAGAACCUGAAGAACAAAGCCUCCAGUUCCGACGUGAGGACCGCAAUCACAGAAAAAUUGGAAAGGGUCAAGAACCAGUGGGACAGCACCCAGCAUGGAGUGGAGCUCAGGCAGCAGCAGCUGGAGGAUGUGAUCCUGGACAGUCUCCAGUGGGGCGACCACAAGGAGGAGACGGAGGAGCUUCUGCGGAAACACGAGGCCCAACUCUACAUCUUGCAGCAGGCUCGGAGGGACCCGCUCGCCAAGCAGCUCUCCGACAACCAAAUGUUUCUUCAAGAGCUGGGUCCCGGAGAUGCUGUGGUGAUGGCGUUCAACAACAUCCUGCAGAAGCUGCUGGAAGAGUACAGGAGCGACGACACGAGGAACGUGAAGGAGACCACGGAGUACUUAACAGCAUCGUGGGCCAGCCUCAAGCAAAGCGUCACCGAUAGGCAGAGGGCCUUGGAGGCAGAGAUGAGGGCAGCACAGGCCUCCCGCCGGGACCUGGAAAACUUCCUCAAGUGGAUCCAGGAGGCCGAAACCACGCUGAACGUGCUGGCCGACGCCUCUCAGCGGGAGGACGCCCUCCAGGAGGGCCCCCGGGCCGGGGAGCUCGGGCAGCAGGUGCAGGACAUCCAGGCGGAAAUCGAUGCCCACAAUGACAUAUUUAAGAGCAUUGACGGAAACAGGCAGAAGAUGGUGAAGGCCCUGGGUGGCUCAGAAGAGGCCGCCAUGCUGCAGCACCGGCUGGAUGACAUGAACCAGAGAUGGAACGACCUGAAGGCGAAGUCUGCCAGCAUCAGGGUGCACCUGGAGGCCAGCGCGGAGAAGUGGAGCAGGCUGCUGGCGUCUCUGGAGGAGCUGGUCAGGUGGCUGAGCGUGAAGGACGAGGAGCUCAGGAAGCAGAUGCCCAUCGGGGGGGACGUGCCGGCCCUGCAGCUGCAGCACGACCACUGCAAAGCCCUGCGGCGGGAGCUGAAGGAGAAGGCGCCGUCGGUGCUGAGCGCCGUGGAGCAGGCGCGCGGGUUCCUGGCCGACCAGCCCAUCGAGGCCCCCGAGGAGCCCGGGAGGGGCCCGCAGUCCAGAGCAGAACUGACCCCUGAGGAGAGAGCCCAGAAGAUCGCCAAAGCCAUGCGCAAACAGUCUUCCGAAGUCAAGGAGAAGUGGGAAAGUCUGAAUGCCGCCACCAGCGGUUGGCAGAAGCAGGUGGACAGGGCGCUGGAGAAGCUGAGGGACCUGCAGGCCGCGAUGGACGACCUGGACACUGACCUGAGGGAGGCGGAGGCCGUGCGCCACGGCUGGAAGCCGCUGGGGGACCUGCUCGUGGACGCGCUGCAGGACCACGUCGAGAAGACCCUGGCAUUCAGAGAAGAAAUUGCGCCCAUCCACUUGAAAGUGAAGGCCGUGAAUGACCUGUCCAGCCAGCUGUCCCCGCUCGACCUGCACCCGUCCCUGAGGAUGUCGCGCCAGCUGGACGACCUGAACGUGCGGUGGAAGCUGCUGCAGGUUUCGGUGGACGAUCGCCUUAAACAGCUUCAGGAAGCCCACCGAGACUUCGGACCCUCGUCUCAGCAUUUCCUCGCUGCUUCCGUCCAGAUGCCAUGGCAAAGAUCCGUUUCACACAAUAAAGUGCCGUACUACAUCAACCACCAGACGCAGACGACCUGUUGGGACCACCCCAAGAUGACGGAGCUCUUCCACUCCCUAGCCGACCUGAACAAUGUCCGCUUCUCAGCCUACCGCACAGCCAUCAAAAUCCGGAGACUGCAGAAGGCCCUCUGCCUGGACCUCCUGGAGCUGAGCACGACGAAUGACGUUUUCCAGCAGCACCAGCUGACCCAGAACGACCAGCUGCUGGGGGUCCCCGACGUCGUCAGCUGCCUGACCACGGCCUACGAGGGCCUCGGGCAGCUGCACAAGGACCUGGUCAGGGUCCCACUCUGCGUGGACAUGUGCCUCAACUGGCUGCUCAACGUCUACGACACAGGUCGGACGGGGAAAAUCAGAGUGCAGAGUCUGAAGAUUGGAUUGCUGUCUCUCUCCAAAGGUCUCCUGGAGGAAAAAUACAGAUGUCUCUUCAGGGAAGUGGCCGGGCCAGCCGAGAUGUGUGACCAGAGGCAGCUGGGCCUCCUGCUCCACGACGCCAUCCAGAUCCCCCGGCAGCUCGGGGAGGUGGCAGCCUUUGGCGGCAGCAACAUUGAGCCGAGCGUCCGCAGCUGCUUCCAGCAGAACAACAACAAGCCGGAGAUCAGCGUGAAGGAGUUCAUAGACUGGAUGCAUCUGGAGCCACAGUCCAUGGUGUGGCUUCCCGUCCUGCAUCGCGUGGCCGCAGCUGAGACGGCGAAGCAUCAGGCCAAGUGCAACAUCUGCAAGGAGUGCCCCAUCGUGGGGUUCAGGUACCGGAGCCUGAAGCAUUUCAACUACGACGUCUGCCAGAGCUGCUUCUUCUCUGGGCGAACAGCCAAGGGCCACAAGCUGCACUACCCGAUGGUGGAGUACUGUGUCCCCACAACGUCCGGGGAAGACGUUCGAGACUUCACGAAGGUGCUAAAGAACAAAUUCAGGUCGAAGAAGUACUUUGCCAAACACCCUCGGCUGGGCUACCUGCCCGUCCAGACGGUCCUGGAAGGUGACAACUUAGAGACUCCUGUCACGCUCAUCAGUAUGUGGCCAGAGCACUUUGACCCCUCCCAGUCUCCUCAGCUGUUCCACGACGACACCCACUCAAGGAUCGAGCAGUACGCCACACGACUGGCCCAGAUGGAGAGGAGCAACGGGUCCUUCCUCACCGACAGCAGCUCCACCACGGGAAGCGUGGAGGACGAGCACGCCCUCAUCCAGCAGUACUGCCAGACGCUCGGGGCCGAGUCCCCGGCCAGCCAGCCCCAGAGCCCCGCGCAGAUCCUGAAGUCGGUGGAGAGGGAGGAGCGCGGAGAGCUGGAGCGGGUCAUCGCCGAGCUGGAGGAGGAGCAGAGGAGUCUGCAGGUGGAGUACGAGCAGCUGAAGGAGCAGCACCUGCGACGGGGACUCCCCGUUGGCUCUCCCCCGGACUCUGUCGUGUCCCCCCACCACACGUCCGAGGACUCGGAGCUGAUCGCGGAAGCAAAGCUGCUCCGUCAGCACAAAGGGCGGCUGGAGGCCAGGAUGCAGAUUCUGGAAGAUCACAAUAAGCAGCUGGAGUCGCAGCUCCACCGCCUGAGGCAGCUGCUGGAGCAGCCCGAGGCCGAGUCCCGAACCAACGGCGUGUCGCCCUGGGCCUCCCCCCAGCACCUCGCGCCGGGCUGCCCGCUGGACCCCGCCCUGCGCCCCCACUGCCACCCGCCAGCAGCCGAGGACCUGCUGCCCCCGACUCCGGACGGCGCGGGCAUGGCGGGGGUGAUGGAGCACCCAGAGGGCACCUUCCCCGCGGGCGGCCCGAAUCUCCCCAGCAGGCCGCAGGCGAUGUGACGAGCUCCGGGCCACCAGCCUGCCCUGGCUCCCGGGCUGCCCUUCCCAGCAGACGCCGACCCCCAGCUCCAUCUCGUCAGAUGCCGCCUGGCUCCCGAGGCGCCGUGGCGAGCAAGGACUGUGAUCCGCUGAUGGGGGGAGAACUGACGACCCAAAGAGAAGAGGAUGUUUCGUUUUAUAAUGACCACGUGUUAUUGUUUCCUUCCUCCCUCCUAUGCAACCGUAAAUGGGGGAGCAGGGUGGGGUUUGGGGUGGUGAGAGUUUGUCGCUGAUUUGUAUGAUGCGUCCAGCGUUGGGAAAGUGGGUGGGGCUUUCUAAAACGAUACCUCCUUUUUAAUAACCACAAAAAAAAAAUCACUUACAAAUUAGAAGAAAGUGUUACAUUUUCACAUUCCUUCUGCUUGUUCAUAUUUAACUUGCACAAUAACUUCAUUUAUUUCUUUGACUCUUUACCGUUAUGUUUUUAUUAUUUAUAAUUCAUCAGCUAUUUGACCAAAUAGAUUUCCUGUAUUUGUUUUCGUGAUUUGGCCCAACUAAUAAGUUCCCGUAUUCCAGUCCAGUAUGGUAGAUGGACAGAUGGAGGGAUGGAGAGAUGGGAGAUGGUGGAUCCAGCUCUGCCUCUUGCUUCCUGUUUAGCUUCACUGACAUCAGCUGCUGGCUUCUUUAGUGACUGUUUGGGUAAAUACCCUUGGCCUAGGUGGCUUUUCUAUUCAGAUUUUUUUCAGAAUUUUAUUUCCCAUCUCUCUAUAAGUGACUUGAUUUCUGUAUAUGUCUCAUGAACCAAUCUCUAUGUCCAAGGAGACUUAAUGCAGAAUUACAGUCUCAAAGAUCAUUUGCCAAAGGUGGCUCCAUCAGGCAUAUUUUCGUUUUGACACAAACCUCAUGCCACCUUCAGGUCCUGGAUUCCGUCGUUCAGAGGGCAGCAGAGCCUCACAGGACUGGGGUUUCAGGACACACCGUCAUCUUCAGGUCCCCGUGGACUGGUUUCUUAUUGUCGUUCAUGUAUUUUGAAGUCCUCUAUAAUACUUGAAGCCCCCAGCUGUUUUCUUGAUGAAAGCAGAAGUCCACCAGUCCCACACUGAAUGCACAUCACAUCCCACCUCUGUGAGGGAACGAGCAGACGCUUUAUGGCCCUGUAUCGGUCCAUCCGUUCAUGGGGAAGGGGGUUCCCCAAAGCCACUGUCACCGUCUCUGAAAGAAGGAAGUCGAGGGUGAGACGGCGGCACCUGCCGGUACCUUGAGGGCAGUAAAUCAGGUAUUUGGUUCAACUUCUGAUUUAGUAUAUACUCAAUUCAGUUUAAACAUGUUAUUUAAUUACCAAAUGUAGAGAAACCAAAAAAAAAAAAAAGUCACAAUCAUGUGUUUUGAUUUCAGCAUAUGUGCUUUUAAAACAUCAGGACUUACUUUGAGUUCUCUUCAACUGGGCUUUGGCCAAAAGGAGGCUUGAAGUUACAAAUUGCUAUUCUUUUAGAAUAGGUUGGGUGGGUUGGGGACUAGGGUGCCUAUUUGCAGCAUAGAUAUUUUGAGCAGAAGAAAGUUGUUUUAUAUAAGAGGGAGGCCGUGGCCACCUUUCUACCUCAGACCCACCCGCCCGCGCUGGAGACGGCAUUAGCAGCGUUUCAUGCGGCUGCGGAUGGCAAGUGUAGAGCUUUGCCCAGGCCGUUUCAUACCCAGGAGCAGCACCUAUUUAAAGAAAAAAACUUCCCCGAACUCUGUAGAUUUGGUGUUCUUGUUCUUAUUUUAAAAAGUUGUAUGUCAAUUUUUUCUGCCUGUGUUUGUACGCAAAAUAUCCUCUCUUCUGCUGUUAUGGAAAAGCUAAGUAAAACACUACAUUAUAACCUUCUAAGUAACAAUAAAUGAAACAAUAUAUGCUACAGUAACAACAAGGGGAAAUGAAUAUGUAGUUCUUAGACCAUCGUCUAAUCUGGUCCCAUGCUGUAUUUUUCAUCCAGAAUAAAAGUAAUUUUAACACAAGA